AGGAUAAAAUCCUCGUGCGUCGCUGGGCUAACGGCUCUCCGGAUCGUCAGAUUUAUUCAGAUUAUCUUCAAUCCACAACGAGAUUAGUGACAAAACAGGACAAAUGCCUCCUGGGAAACAUUUAGCUGGUUGAUUUAGACUGAUGUUUAUUAUAGUUAGAAAAGCUGCUUCAUUUGUCCAGCUGCCAGUUUGCCCCAUUAGCUUCUCAGGCUAAUUAGCCGUUAGCUUCCUGCUGCUAGCAGCUGUCUAGAUCAACUGUUUGACUGUUUCUGACAGCCUGACUGACUGCUUUUAUUCUGGACAUCGAAACUAAAAACAACCAAAGAUGGUGCAGCCGCAGCCUGAUGGCCCCAUGCAGUGGGACAUGUCUGGGGAGGACAGCGGAGGGACCCUAAGGGUCCCGCCGGAGCUCGCUGGAAACGAAGUGGUGACCAGACUACUGGGCGACAACCAGCAGCUGCGAGAUGCUCUACGGAGGAGCAACCAAGCCCUGCGUCAGCGCUGCGAGGAGAUGGAAGGAUGGCAGCGACGAGCGCGGCAGGAGCGGGAAUUUCUCAGCUGCCGAUUUCAGGAGGCCAGGGCGCUGGUGGAGAGGCUGGCUCAGGAGAACCAUUCUUUGCAGAGCAUGGUGAGCGGGCCAGGCUCGUCCUCCAACCACAGCUACGCCUUGAGCCAGACGGAAGUCUCUCCAGGACUUUCCGCCAGGAACGGACCUCUGGACGAAGCCAAGACUCUAGAUCAGUGGGAGAGGAAGAGAGUUGAAGAAACGGAGCAGCAGACACAGACCACUCCACUUCGCAGCCUGCCUGCAGAGGGAUCCAACGAGUGCCUGCAGCUGCUGAAGAAACACAAAGAAAAAACCGAAGAAGAGAUGAGAGAGCUGAGAAAGAAAACUGAAGAGCUGAAGAGGGAACGGGAUGAAGGCAAAGAAGUUAUAGAGCGACAGCAUCGUUGCAUCGACCACCUGCGGAGUAAACUCUUCCAGACACAGACAAGCGGCAACGAGGAAGCUGUUCAGCUGCGCUCCGAGGCACAGCACACCUCAGACUGCUCUAGUCUGGCUAAACUCACAGAGCAACUUCAGGCCACACAGGGCAGGUAUCGGGAGCUGGAGGAGAAGCUGGAUUACCUGCAGAAGAGCUCAGCUCAGCGUGACAGAACAGAAGCUCUGCUCAAGCAGAAGGACAAGGAAUGUGCUCAGCUGGCCAAGGACUGCGAGGCUCUGAAGGCGCAGGCCACGUCCCUGCUAGGUGAACUGAACGAGAGACAGAUCCUCCUACAGAAAAGCGACGACGACCGCAAAAUGCUGGAGGAGAAACUGGUCAGCAAGGUGAAGGCCCUGCAGGUGGCAGAGCGAGAGCAGGAGCAGCAGAAGAAGCAGCAUCACGUGGCCAUGGACAAACUGAUGCUGCAGGUGGAGAGCCUGGAGAACGCCCUGAAGACGGAGAGACACGUGGUCACAGAGGAGAAGAAGAAACUGUCCCAGCUGCAGCACGCCUACACCUGUCUGUUCAGAGACUAUGACUCCAAACUGAAGAGUGAAGGAGGAGAUCUUAGCAGUAAACUGGAGGAGGCGGAGCAGGCGCUGGCCAUCAAGCAGGACCUGAUUGAUAAACUGAAGGAGGAGGUGGAGCAGCAGAAAGGCUCGCUGGAGACCGUCCCUGUCCUCACCGCACAGGCUGAGAUCUACAAGGCCGACUUCCUGGCAGAGCGAGAAGCCAGAGAGAAGCUGAACCAGAAGAAGGAAGAGCUGCAGGAACAGCUCACUCAGGCUCUGGCUGAGAUCGACAGGCUAAAGCAGGAGGCCACCUCCCGUGCCCGUUUGGAGCAGAUGAAGAUGAAAUAUAUGGACGAGUUUCCUGCACGGCCCGCUCACCUUCCCUCUCAGCAAGUGUUUCCUGGCUUUUCAAACACGGUGCCGCCGAACCGGAACCACGUUCUGGUUUCUGUCAAUGAUCCAGGAGCACCAGGAGCUGCAGAUCUGCCCGAUUUAUGUUGUCCUAAGUGCAACUACUUGGCUCCAGACAUGGACACGUUGCAGAUACAUGUCAUGGACUGUAUACAGUAAUGCACGCAUAGUUAGACACACCAUAUGCUCACAAACACACGCAUAUGUAGUAAUACUUCCUAGCCAUCCAGAAAGUAUUCACACCCCUUAAAAAAAAUCUAUUAGGUUUAUUCCUAAACCCACCCAAGUACAGUUGGGAAAACAUGUUUUCAGACAUGAUUGUAAAAUUACAGAAACUGUCAACAAAAAAUAAUUUUCUGUCACUUAAAGCUACCUGCUGACCCCUCCUGAACCUGAGAGCAGGGAUCCUUCAUCCUGCUGCCCAGACCCACUGCUGGGGUCCUGAUGGAGAACCCCUGCCUUUGAACAUCUGCUGCCACAAAUCUAUGUUGGUCAAAUAACCAAGAGGAUUAUGGCCCCAAAUGACCCCACGUGCUUAAGGAAAACAUUGAGCCACGGCUGUGAAUAGUUAUGUCAUUCAUGUUUAAUAAUUUCACAAAUGUUUAAAAACUUUACGUAGAUUUAUUUUAAAAAUGUGAAAUGUUGAGAAAAUGAAGGGGAGGUUGAAGGGGUGUGAAUAGUUUUUGAAUCCACUGUACUUUUGCCUAUGGCCUUUGUUUGUUGCACCUUAUUUACUUUCUGCCAAAAAAAAAGAAAAUACACAGCCCUUAAACCUGUUUGGGAUCAUUAUGUAAAAAUCCUAAUAUAUCAACAUAAGGAGAAGUUAUGUUUAGGUAUUUUCUCCCCCUCCUUCCUCCCAUUUAUGCCCCCCCCCUCCCUCCUGCUAACACCUCACCACCUUCUGACCUCUCACUGGUUUCUGAUUCUGACAUCAUCAUCAGUAUUUAAUGGACCUAAUGCAGAAAUACGUGUCCAGUAAUUCUCUUUGAAAUAGAGAAAAUGCAUGUAUAUUUUAUUUUGUGAGCUUUAAAGGAUAAAGAAAUUGGUUCCGGUUGUAAAAAGUAGCAUUUUGCAUAAAAUCAGAACCUGUUUUCUGUAGUAGAGACGGAUGAGCUCCAUUCUCUCUGUUCUGUGCCUGUUUUGAUGGUGUCUCUGAUGCUAACCUUACCCUGCUGUGCCCUUUAUCCUCUCUGCUAUUUAUCAAUAUGAAUGUAAGCACAUUAAAGUUCAUUUUCCGUAUUGUGAAAAUAUUACUUAUGAUGUAAUUUGUUGCAAAGAUUGAGAAAAUAAAUCAUUUAUUCAAUUGUC